GGACCAGCAGCAUCAGCAGCAGGACCAGCAGGACCAGCAGCAGGACCAGCAGCACCAGCAGCAGGACCAGCAGCAGGAGGGCCGGGGCUGUAGGAGGCACCAGGGGCCAUGUCCUCACGGUGUGCACCCCUGGCCCUGUGUGCCACGCUGCUGGCUCUGGUUGCCCCAGUGCACGCUUGCGUCGAGGCGUUGCUGGCGAGCGCCAUGCAGCUCUGCCUGCAGCAGUUCGAGCGGCGCAUGUGGGCCCUGGGGCCCCGCGCCGACUGGUGCACCUGGGAGCUAUCGGCCAGUGCCGCACGCCGCUCGCCCUGCAGGUGGUACGGCGAGCUCACCAACUGCACGCAGGCCGCGUCGCGACGGCGCGGCUGCUUCUGGCCCAGCGCCGCCGUGGACCGCUUCUUCGCCGGCGCUCACCGCGCCUUCUUCUCCGAGUGCCCCUGGGAGGACGCCGCGCUGGCCGACCCGCCGCCCAUGCUGCUGGCGCUCCUCAUCGCCGCGCCCGCGCUGCUCGUGGCUACCGCCACGGGGCUCAUCGUGUGGCACAGCAAGCGGCGGGAGGGCGCCAUCUGACGCGGAGCGUCGUCGCACGGAACGACGAUCGUCGACGGCGGUGCCGCCGCCACCGUGGAUGAUGCGGGUCGCGCGGUCUGCACGGAGGAAGGCGAGGAAGAGGGCACGGGAACGUGAAAUGACGGAGCGACGACCACGCGUUACGGGUUCCGAUUGUCAAUCCACUGCUGGAUGAGGGCCCGGCCCGCACACGGUCGGGGAGGGUCGUCUGACCGCGCUGCGCCACGCUGGCUGCGCGGUGCCGGUCGGUGAAGGCGGGGAGCGUCCAAAUGUACUCGGGUCGACGAGUCGAGGCACCGUGCCGUGCCAAGCUCGGUGCACGCAAGCGCUCUCAGGCCCAGGCCGACCCUCUCCUCCCCAUCGGCUCCAGCCGAUCGUCAGCACACGCCGAGCUGUGCGUCACGAGAGCGCAUCGCGUUGUAGCAACAACGUCAGCAACAACAUCAACAACAACAUCAACAACAACAAACCGUGUUUAGGAGAUGCCCGCCGCAUAUAAUGUGAGUCAGGCGCCUUUGCUUUGGUCCCAAGGGAGAUGGCGGCCCCAGGGGCAUUUGCGCGGAGGGAGCGAAUCGAUUUCCCCGAAGCCAGCGUGCAACGCCGACACCGCUGAGGGUGGCCGGGUGGAGUCACGAGUUUAAAGCAGUUGCGUAGCCUUCGCGCCGGAGGUCGCGGGCCAUAGGGCCCCACGUGUUUGACCUACGGAGUGCAGGGGGGUGUGGGACAGUGGGGGCGUGCGGGUCCGUGCCAGGCCACGCCGCGCCACUGGUGUAGGGUGCCGGUGCACCGCCCUGGCACGGGGGUCGCGUCGCUCGCUCGUGUCGCGUGCGAGGCAGCCUCAAGGCGUCCGAGUUGGCGCAUCGUGGGACGGGUUGAGCGUCUUCCCACGCCCUCCCCGUGUUCUCAAGCAGCGGCAGUGUCCCUGGUGUAGCGAGGGCGAUCGUCGCUUCCUCCCUUUGGACUUUCACUUUUGUGGUUUCGUAAAAACAGGAAGCGGGGGGGGGGAUGGGCCCCGCUUGACCGGGCUUUGCGAAUCUUGAGGCACCUUAAACAAUGGGGACAGGACACAAUAAAUGUGACCGCUGGCAUCGCUGACAGUCGCCACUGUCGGGAGGCUUUUAACGAGAGGCGGAUGAUGCGACGCGACUCGUAACGCGGCGAUAAUCCAGCUUCGUGUAGCUCGUGAGUGUGCAGGCGGUGCAACUGCGCGGGGGAAAGGAAGGGGGCUAUUGCCGAGCUACGAAGACGGGGAGGAUUUGGACACAGGGCUCCAUUGAAUGCAUGUUACCAGGGCCCUAGCUAACCACGCUACACCGCCGUCUGUGGGUAUCUGUUAGCCCGUGGAUCUCAUUGUGAGUCUAUGGGUCUCUAUGUUAGCUCGUGGAUCUUUAUGAAUGCAGACGGCAUUAAUUGCUUAGUGCGUCACGUGGGAUGUGUUUAACAAUCAUCGUGCACGGACUGGGGCAUAGCGUCCGGUGUCGCCGGUUCGAUCCAGCGUGCUGACCACCCCACCGCGGCAGCGUCCCUCCUGCUCAUACAUAUAUACAUAUAUACAGGAGAGAUAUACUGUGUGUAUAUAUGUACUGUGUGUAUACAUUGAUCACGGGGCUCGUGCGCUCUGCAGAUAUGGAAGUGAAUGCAAAGUACAUGGUGCUGAAAAGGUCACAAUUGAAAUUGAAUUACCGUCGCUCGCGCUGCUGCUGAUGUCCUCGUGUGUCCGUUGCGCGAGGUGUCGCCUCUCGCGUAUUGAUUCACAAGAACAAUGCCCUCCGCGCGGCAUGUAAGUUGUCCAUUCACCCCGCAAGUCUUGGGGGGUUGAAGUCACCCGGGCACGUGCCGGCUUGGCCACCCGUGCCGUGCCGGCAUGCCUCUCGCUGUGAGCCGUGGCUGCUGACAAGUCACGUGCCACCUACUCGUGUCUACCGGUGACCCAGAAAAUAGUCGGCGAAAAAUCAAUGCCCGGCCACGCACAGAGCCCCCUGAGGUUGCACGGAAAACCACGACACUCGCAUGCAGACCCACGGCCUCACGUGGAGACCGCCCAUAGAGAACAUAGGGUUAUAUCAACUCCCAUCGAUUCAAUUAAACUUAUAAAGAAUCUACGAUUUAGGAAGGGAAUAAUUUAAGCCAGAUAUGCCCGGUUUGGUUCACCUGAAAUAUAUUUACGCAACCAAAACAACACAUCCAGUAUACCUUUCAACAUAGAGGAGCUGUUUCUACUAGUUACAUGCCUCGUCCAGUCUGCCAGUGAACCACACGAUACUUAGUGAGAAAAAAGCCCUGCCGACCAGAGGCAGUUCAGAUAUCACUCAGCACGAAAUAUUAUCUGUGGGCAGGAAUUGAACUCAUGCGACUGGGCUCACAGCGAAGUGCUCUCAUCGGCUUGCCACUGCCGCAGCCCAAAUGCUUCUCUACUCACCGGCCAGGUGCAUCAUGAUUCACGUGUUUCUUUACGUACCCACCUACCUGAUCCACCAGCAUCGACAUCAUCCUCCAUGCUUCAUCCACUGCUGGGUGAACAAUGUCCAUGUUUCUGAGCCACGGUGGGGUGUGCAUUCUAAUAAAACAAAAUGUAAACUCUGGG